AUGGAGACUCGUGGAGCUUUUGUUGAAGACAUGGAGCCAAUGCCCCCCAUCGUGAUAGUAGAAAAGACGGACAUCAAAACCGAAGAGCGCAACCAAAUCCUGGAAAUAAUUAGCAACCGUCUAAAGAAUGCAGAUUCACAAAAGGGACAGUUGGCUCAGGAUAUUAAAGAGGAACUGGACAACACGAUGGGGCAGUUGUACUGGCAUUGCAUCAUUGGGACCGACUUUGCCUGGUAGGUCUUCACCGGCCCGCUCUCGUUUAAUGAAAACUUUCCAAACGAGGUUAAAUGUGUUUGGAACUUCCAAACAAUAUUACAACAGCCCUGAGUAGUUAAAGCUAGCCAUGUAGGUAAAUUGAUGAGUCGUAUUGUUUUUAGUUAUGGAGUAUAAAUACCAGAAGUUUUUGAAGCAAACAAAAAAUUCAGCAAAUAUUUCUUUAAACUAACAGACUAUACCAGAGCAAAUGCCAGAUUUCAAAAGUAGAGUUGCGUCAGAUGGGAGCUUUACACCUCUCCAAGUGAAGCAUAUAGCCGGGCACUUUUGAUAUUUGAACUUUCAAUGCCAGAUCUAAUUUAAGUUAUUAAUCUCAUCUCUAAGGUUUUUUUCAUCUUUAUAUUACAGCUUUGUCACCUAUACACCUGGAUCAUUCAUGCGGGUGACCUACGGGGACACGACUGUACAAGUUUUUCGAUUGGGCUAA